AGCAGCAGCAGCAGCAGCAGCAGCAGCAGCAGCAGCAGCAGUAGCAGCAGCAGCAGCAGCAGCAGCAGAAGCUGCCGCGCCACUGAGUAGCGGCAAGGACUCCGAGUCAAGAGUCGGAUUCUAGGAUUGGAUCUGAGUGAGCCGGCCUGAGAGAGGAGAAGAUCCCUCCCAGCGCCCUCGGGCCACCCAUUGCCAGUAAUCUUCGUGCCAGACCUCUUGAGAGGAGACGGGACAGCCAACCCUAGCCUCCCCAGCCUGAGGAUGGCGUCCUCUCUGCUUGAGGAAGAAGCUCACUAUGGCUCCAGUCCCCUGGCCAUGCUGACAGCAGCCUGCAGCAAGUUUGGUGGCUCCAGCCCUCUGCGAGACUCAACAGCCCUGGGAAAAGGAGGCACAAAGAAGCCAUACACUGACCUUUCAGCCCCCAAAACCAUGGGGGACGCCUACCCAGCUCCCUUCUCAAGCACCAAUGGACUCCUCUCCCCUGCAGGCAGUCCCCCGGCCCCGGCCUCUGGCUAUGCCAAUGACUACCCACCCUUUCCCCACUCAUUUCCUGGGCCCACUGGUGCCCAAGACCCGGGGCUGCUGGUGCCGAAGGGGCACAGCUCUUCUGACUGCCUGCCUAGUGUCUACACGUCCUUGGAUAUGUCCCAUCCCUACGGCUCCUGGUACAAGGCGGGCAUCCAUGCAGGCAUCUCACCAGGUCCUGGCAACACUCCUACCCCUUGGUGGGACAUGCACCCUGGGGGCAAUUGGUUAGGUGGUGGGCAGGGCCAGGGUGAUGGGCUGCAAGGGACACUGUCCACAGGCCCUGCCCAGCCUCCACUGAACCCCCAGCUGCCUACUUACCCGUCUGACUUUGCCCCCCUUAACCCAGCUCCCUAUCCAGCACCCCACCUCUUGCAACCAGGUCCCCAGCAUGUCCUACCCCAAGAUGUCUAUAAGCCCAAGGCAGUUGGCAAUAGUGGGCAACUGGAGGGGAGUGGUGCAGGCAAACCUCCCCGGGGUGCAGGCACAGGGGGCAGUGGUGGAUAUGCAGGCAGUGGGGCAGGGCGUUCUACCUGCGACUGCCCCAACUGUCAGGAGCUAGAGCGGCUGGGGGCAGCAGCGGCUGGGCUGAGGAAGAAGCCCAUUCACAGCUGCCACAUCCCCGGCUGCGGCAAGGUGUACGGCAAGGCUUCGCAUCUGAAAGCCCACUUGCGCUGGCACACUGGCGAGAGGCCUUUCGUCUGCAACUGGCUUUUCUGUGGCAAGAGGUUCACCCGCUCUGACGAGCUGGAGCGCCACGUGCGCACUCACACCCGGGAGAAGAAGUUCACCUGUCUGCUCUGCUCCAAGCGCUUUACCCGAAGCGACCACUUGAGCAAACAUCAGCGCACCCACGGGGAGCCAGGUCCCGGGCCGCCCCCAAGUGGCCCUAAGGAGCUGGGGGAGGGUCGCAGCGUCGGGGAAGAAGAAGCCAAUCAGCCGCCCCGAUCUUCCACCUCGCCUGCACCCCCAGAAAAAGCCCCUGGAGGCAGCCCAGAGCAGAGCAACCUGCUAGAGAUCUGAGCUGGGCAGAGGAAGAUCUCCAGCUCCAGGGUCCUCUUGUCCCUCGCUCUCUCCUAUGCAUGCCAUGCCAUACUCUGGGGGAUCUCUCUCUGAUCCCUUAGGCUUUCUCUUUGCAUGUCUCCUCACUCUUCUGUCUUAGCCAAAUUCCUCUCAGGCCUUUGCCCGUGCCUAGUUCCCAUGCUCUGACCUCCUGAACUCUUUCUUCGCUGCCCCUGUUCUUCACAGCUUCCAUCUGGCCGCACAUCAUUUUCUCAUUAAUUCUUUGCCAUUCAAUCUUUCUGCUUCCCAACCCUAUUUGCCACUUUCCCGGAAGCUUCCAGGCUGUCGCCCCGAUUCCCCCCCCCCCGCUUUCCAUUCUCUUGAGCUUUUUUAAAACAAACACGAUGAUGAUGAUGAUGAUGAUGAUGAUGAUGAUGAUAAUUUAUUGCCCCCUUGGUGGUUCUUCAUUAGGAACCAGAGUUAAGGAGAUUGGUGUUAGUAACCUGGCUGCGAGCAGAGUGCCAAGAAAGGGGAAGCCCAAUGGGGAUCUGAUCCCAAAGAUGGGGUGACCCCAAGGUCAGGGAGGCUGUCCCCCAGCCUUGAGUACUUAGCCCCUGUGCGCCAGGAGUAAAGAAUAAUAAUAAUAAUAAUUCUAUUUAUCUAAGUUAUGAUGACGGGUCAGGUACAGUGAGCUGGAGAGGGAAAGGGAAUCUUUUUUUUUUUUUUUUUUUGUGCUAAGGGUAUUCUAGACAAAUGCAUCUGUGUAUAGAUAGACAAAUGAUAGUGGAGACCUUCGUAGAUUUCUAUCAUCGAGGUCUCUGAGUUUCUUUUUCAGCGGAGUUUUGGGUUGUUAGGCCUCUUUUAGUUUAUGUGGGUGUCUCUCUGUGAGGCAGUCACUAAGAUCUCAAGCCCCAGCCAGAAGCUGUGAAACUUCAAGUCCUAUGGAGGGGAGGACUGGAAUGUACCCCAGCUCUCUUGACCACAGAGCAGGUUCUUCAACUGACCCUCUUCUCAUACCCUGUGACCUCAUCAGGCUAUUCCCUUGUUGUCAUGGUUAUGGAGAGCUUGCAGCUGCCAUCUUAAACGAGUUCUUUGGAGAGCCCAUCUAACAGGAGGAUUUUGGUUUGGAGGUGCCCCUCCUGAAAAAGUAGGUGGGCAAAGGCUUUCUCUGGGAUCAAAUUCAAAUAAACCAAGUAUUUAUUGAGUGCUUACUAUGUGCAAGGCCUGGUGCCUAGAAGCCAUGAGAAAGAAUUUAUAACAGGACAGAGGUCCCUAAACUAUAAACAUCCACAGUCCCCCAAUCUAGGAGGUUCCACUCCACUCCAGUGACUUUUAAAACCGCUUGUGCCUUUGAAUGCCUUUCCUGAAACUUUUGGAUCUUCCUGUUCUGUCCCCUGCUCCUUCUAGGCCCCAAGACAAAGGGUAAAGCCAGUGGAGUCUGGGAAGGGCAUAUAACACCGUUGAAGGGAUCAUCCCUUUGUGGAAUCUUUCUCUCUCUCUCUCUCUCUCUCUCUCUCUCUCUCUCUCUCUCUUUAAUUUAAUAAAUAAAAGUUCGAUUUGAAA